AUGGAUGAAUACCUUGCAGGGCCGCAGGGCCUGUCGGACGCCAUUGAUAUGCCGAUUCCCGCCUCACCCGGCUCAAGCUUGGCUGGCUCAUCCCGUGGCACUAAUGAGCCGGCUGCCCUAUCCCAAAUCUCGCUGGAUAUCGCUGCCAUCUCUUCCAGCAUGCUCACCAGGCGAGACAAGUCUGAAAUGGUGGCCGAGCUGCGGGCGGUGAUCAGGGAGGAGAUUGCCGCUGUGCGUGCGGAUCUCACCGCCCUGGAGCACCGCGUGGAUGCCCUGGAUGCCGAGCACCUUCAGAUCACCCACCGGCAGCAGGCCGCGGACCUGGCGACCACCAGGCAGGGGAACCUGCUCCUAGACCUCCGCCGGCAGGUCGAAGACCUCGACAAUAGGGGCUGCUGGAGGCCGAAGGGGAGCUGCCCCACGAGCUACUUACCGGCCUGUUCUCGCACCUGA